GCGUAUCAAGCGCCAUAAGCAGGCGGAGUAUCUGUUAAUCCUCUUAAGUUUCUGACAGACUAUGAUUCCUUCUCUCGAAUGCUCUUCUCCUGUCGUGAUUCAACAUCUCUUUCCUCUGCUCUCUCCUCUCCUCUGCACCUGCCAAGAUCAGAGUAAAGAAAAUCAAAAGAUCUUUAUUCAAUAGACAGCGAGACAAUGAGUCCAAGUGGGUAUACAGUAGAAGUUACUAGUCUGUCCCCUAACGCAACGGAAAAAGAUGUUUAUGAUUUUUUUGCCUUCUCCGGUGCAAUUGAGCACGUAGAAAUCGUCAGAUCUGGAGAUUUUGCUUGUACUGCUUAUGUAACAUUCAAGGAACCUCAUGCCUUGGAAACAGCUGUCUUGCUCAGUGGAGCUACAAUAGCAGAUCAACCUGUAUGCAUAGCACGCUGGGGCCACUAUGACGAUCCCUUUGAUAUUUGGGACAGGGCUUCAUGGAAACUUGAAGAUGAUGCUAGUUCAUCGCAGGCCUCACAUGGGAGACCUUUUAUCUCAUCUACUGGAGAAGCAGUCACCAUGGCACAGGAAGUGGUUACAACCAUGCUAUCAAAAGGUUACGUGCUAGGCAAAGAUGCAUUGAUCAAGGCCAAAGAAUUUGAUGAAUCUUAUCAAGUAUCGGCCAGUGCAGCAGCCAAGGUCGCCGAACUGAGCAAAAGAAUCGGACUGACAGAUAAAAUCUAUGCGGGGGUGGAUGCAGUCAAAUCCGUCGACGAAAAAUAUCAUGUGUUAGGGACCACCAAAGCAGCAGCAUCUGCAACGAGCCGGACGGCUGCGGCUGCCGCACAAUCUGUGGUCAACAGUAGCUACUUCUCGGCCGGUGCUCUUUGGGUGUCAGGUGCUCUCACCAGAGCUGCCAAGGCUGCAGCUGACUUGGGUACUCAUGGUAUGAAGAAAUGAAGCAUAAAUACUGUAGUUUCAGUAGAAAAGACUUUUUGGAUAUUGUAGUGUAUAUACUAAGUACUGGAAUUGAUGGACAUGCAUGCUCAUAUGUUCUACCUUCUUUUCUUUUGUUAUCCAAUAGUUUUCAUGUGCA